ACAUCUUUGGAGCUGUUUUAACUUGGAACUAAAGAAUGUUCAGUCUAAAGUUCUUCAGUUCAGCCUCUUGUUUACGCUCUUCUCCAUCAAAAACUGUGAAUUCUAGUUUAGACGUUGAGUUUAGGAAACUUGGUGGCUGCACAAAACUUAUCCGUAACGUGAAUUUGGAGAAACUAAAGAACAACUAUUUGUUUCCUGAAAUAACCAGACGUGAGCUUGAGCACAUUGAAAAACAUCCAAAUGUAAGAUUGAUAAGCCUUGGGACUGGCGAUACAACAGAGCCUAUACCGAAGCAGAUUACCUCAGACAUGUGUAAUUUUGCACAUGCUCUAUCGACUGUGGAAGGAUAUAGAGGGUAUGGACUGGAACAAGGUGAUAAGGCCCUUCGGAAAGCUAUUGCUGAUACGUUCUAUGGACAAUUGCACGUGAAAAGCAAUGAAGUUUUUGUAUCAGAUGGUGCUCAAAGCGAUAUUUCUCGUCUUCAGCUACUUCUAGGCUCUGGUGUCACAAUUGCUGUGCAAGACCCUACCUUCCCGGCUUACGUGGAUUCAAGCGUGAUAAUUGGUCAAACUGGUUAUUUCCAUGAAGCAACCAAGAAGUACCAAAAUAUUGUCUACAUGCCUUGUGGACCUAAUAAUAGUUUCUUCCCUGAUCUAUCAGUCACCCCAAGGACUGAUGUCAUCUUCUUUUGUUCUCCUAAUAACCCUACUGGUUAUGUAGCGUCAAGGAAACAGCUACAACAAUUAGUUGGCUUUGCAAAGACCAAUGGUUCUAUUAUUAUUUUUGACUCUGCAUAUGCCGCUUUUAUCGAAGAUGGCAGCCCACGAUCAAUAUAUGAGAUUCCUGGUGCUCGAGAGGUCGCGAUUGAAGUUUCAUCAUUCUCCAAAUUUGCUGGUUUCACUGGUGUUCGGCUUGGUUGGACUAUCAUCCCUGAUGAACUCUUGUACUCUAAUGGGUUUCCCAUUAUAAUUGACUUCCAUCGCAUUGUGACCACUUCCUUCAAUGGAGCUUCAAAUAUCGCUCAAGCGGGUGGAUUAGCAUGCCUUUCUCCCGUUGGCCUUAAGGAGAUAAGGUCGGUGAUCAACUACUACAAAGAGAACAGGAAGAUACUAAUGGAGACUUUGGUUUCGCUCGGCCUCACAGUCUAUGGUGGUGUAAAUGCUCCAUACUUGUGGGUUCACUUUAGGGGAUCAAAAUCUUGGGAUGUGUUUUCUGAGAUUCUUGAAAAUACUCAUAUAAUUACAGUUCCGGGAUCAGGUUUUGGACCAGGUGGAGAAGAGUAUUUAAGAAUCAGUGGGUUUGGACGCAGAGAGGAUAUUGUUGAAGCAUCAAAGAGGUUGCGGAGGUUUUUUAACACUCGAACUAAACAUUUUUCUGUUCUCUCUUCUGGUGCUAAUACCAAUUAAGCUGACACAGCUCUCUGUGUUAUUUACAUUAUCUUGAAUAAUCCCUCUCACUUGUUUGUAUAUGUAUAUUGUUGAAAUAAUAAAAGCUAUACGGGACUUUGUUUAAUC